AUGUCAACAACAACAACAACAACAACACGAAUACUUACACUACCACAUCAUAUUGUCAAAGAGAUUAUAAAAGAUGAACUAAGACAAACUAGGAAACGGUCGAUGGUGAUGGGUCUAGUCUGUCGUAAAUGGUUUGAAUGGAUUACUGAUAUGUACAAUAGUUAUCAUAAUGGAAGAAGUGUAUUUUCACCUGUUAUUUAUAACUUAAAUACAUCAGCAUCAUCAUCAUCCUCUACUGCUACUACUACAACUACUAUAAUCAAAAAUGAUUAUUGGAGUUAUUUUCCCCAUCUACUUAAUCCUUUUUGUAUGUUAAAAUCUAUAUUUUGUUUUAGAUUAACAAACUCUUUGGAUUCUUCUCAAUCCUCAUCUUCUUCUUUAUCAUCAUCAUCUUCUUCAACUUUAAUUAAUAAUAAUAAUAAUGUAAAUAGUAAUAAUAAUAAUAAUAUUAAUAAUUAUACAAAUUCAGAAUUAGAAUUUGUUUAUAAAUGUAUGUUUGAAAGAUUAUGUCAAAUUGAAGUAAUGAAUUUACAUGAAUCUAUGAAUAUACAAGCACAAAGAAUGGUUAAUACAAUGGCGAAAUACCACCAAACACAGACAUUGUCAUUGUCGAUACAGUCGUGUCCUACAUCCAUGACAUUCCAAGAGGUCGUUGUACCACUACGUAGAUUUCUUCGUACGUUGUGGGUAUCACUAGACUCUAUUACUAUCAAUGAAGCAAAGAUCAUUGGUUCGUUUAUUCGAGAGUGUCCACACAUGGAAGAGAAAACAUUGAUUGCUGGAGGUGUACUUAAUUUGGAUCAACAAGGUGGUGGACAACAACAACCACACAGUAUAUUGACUCAAUUCAUAGAAUCAAUUGGUUUACAUACUACAAUCAACCUAUUCUCAUUCGACAUUAGAUACGGUGAUUUUGAAGUACAAGCACCUAGAUUUGCACAUUUUCCAAACCUUAAAUACCUGACUGUCACUAAAACAGCUGGGUGGUCUCGACAACAAUUAGAACAACUGUCAGUUAGCUGUCCAUCUAUAUCCUAUCUUGGAAGCAGGGAUCUCUCGGUUGAAGUACUACCAGUGCUUUCAAAACUGCCAUGUCUCAGCACGAUUGGUUUGUUCCUGCCACACUCAUCACCCAUCUACCAACAACUCCAACUUCAACCAAACUCUAUACAGUUACCGGCCAACUUGGAUCGUCUUGAAGUAUUGGUAGAAACACAAGAACAUAUAUCUAGCUUUUUCAAAUCAUUUAGUCAUCGACCACUUGAUAAUCCCCAUACAUCAUUGACACACCUAGAGAUUCGUGCCGUCGAGUUGAAUGAAUUGGUGCCAACAGUAGAUCUAGGUGAUCUCAGUAUCUUUGUCAAUUUCUGUACCAAACUAAAGACACUCAAAAUACAUGGAUACUUUCACCAAAGAAUCUCUGGUAUGGAACGUCUCUACCAAUCACUCCAUCAAAACCAAUCAUUGGAGCACCUCAUCAUCGAUUUCCCGUGUUCAUCCGUCGAAGAAGUAUUGGAACUAUUCGAAUUGCUCACUGUCAACAACUGUAUCAGUCGACUAACAUUAAUGUGUUUUAGUUUUCGUGCAUAUCAUCUGUCUGUCUCUGCAGAGCACUCUCUCUCUACUCGUUGUUCAAAGAAGAGAGCUUGGUUCUGCAACAUUACUUCCUUUUUUGUUGCAGUUGAACCCUCCCCACCUCAAAAUUAA